CAGAUGAAGAUGAUUUUGGUCGAAAAUGGCGCAGCCCACUGACAAAAACGCAUGUGCUGCGAAUUCAGAAGAUUGUUCAAUUCCUGGCUAUCCAGACAUCAAUUCAUACACACAAGAGGCACUCAAAACGUCACUGCAAGGGGUUAAAGCAUCAAAUGAAUUGCCAGCCAGCGGUGAUGACCAUGAUUACUACUCAAGCUUUCCUGGUUUCCGUACUGUGGUCCAAGUAGAGGGACAGAGGCUACUGAAAAAUAUCGCUGAUAUCCUCAAGCAUCAAGGCAUUAAUGUGAAACUCACUGGCGCAACUGAGAUAGAUGAUAUGUUCGAUGCAUUGGUUGAUGCAAAUGAUGCUAUACUGGAAUCUGUGGGGUCAUCAUUAGAUGAGGCAGCUGGACUUAAGAAAAAGGAACAAUCACUUUUGGUUUCAAGUUUGGUGCCUAAGGAUGCAAUUAGUGCUAGUUGGAACAGAACGAGGAAAGACAUUAAGGCAACAAACAGUCCGGAUGGAAGGUAUAAGCUUCUGUCUGCGAGAAACAUUCUGCGACCACAGCUGAAGUUCAAGGAAAAGGUCGACAACAGAAAUUUGCCAUUUGUGCCGCAACUGAAGAUCAAGCACAAUGCCAUGCAGCCGUGGCAUCCUCAGGGAGAUGAUGAUGGGGAGGAUGCGGAUAGACUUUCUGGUCAUCCCUACCAGUUUGAACUCAAUCACUUGCAGUUUCUUCCCUCGCAGUUGGAAAAGAUGGAACCCCGCUGGCCAGAGUCCUUGGAAGACACUCCGCUGACGUACGUCUCCAGUUAUGACGAACUUGUCAAGCUGAAAAACACACUGAAGCAGGAACAGGAGUUGGCUGUUGACUUGGAGGCACAUUCGUACCGGACAUUUCUAGGGAUUACCUGCCUCAUGCAGCUUUCCACUCGCACAGAAGACUUUAUCGUCCGACCACACGCCGCAUUAGAACUGCGGAGUGACAUUCACAUACUAAAUGAAAUCUUCAGUGACCCAUCUAUCAUUAAGGUGUUUCACGGAGCGGAUAUGGACAUCAGAAUGCUGCAGCGGGACUUUAGUGUCUACGUCGUGAAUAUGUUUGACACAGGGCAAGCAUCGAGAGUGCUAGGUCUUGCUCGUCACUCAUUACAGCACCUACUCAGACACUACUGCAGCGUUGAAGCCGACAAGCAAUACCAGUUGGCUGACUGGAGAAUACGCCCAUUGCCUGCAGAACUACUGAAGUAUGCCAGGGAAGAUACACAUUACCUACUCUACGUCUAUGAUGUAAUGAAGAAUGAAUUGCUACUGAAGGGAAACAGUCAGAAGAACUUGUUACUUUCAGCAUUGCAGAAGAGUAAACAAAUAUGUGAACUAGUAUAUGAGAAGCCACUGUUGCUGGAGUAUCGGCAUCUCGAAUUAUACAAACGAAGUAAGAAGCAAUUCAACAACAGACAGUUGGCUGCACUGAAAAGCCUUUACGCUUGGAGAGAUCACGUAUGCAGGGUAGAAGAUGAGAGCACAAGCUACGUUCUUCCGAACCACAUGUUGCUGCAGGUGGCUGAGGUAUUGCCACGUGAGAUGCAGGGUAUAUUGGCCUGCUGUAACCCCAUACCCACGCUCGUGCGGCAGCAGCUGAACGAGCUGCAUCAGAUCAUACUGAGGGCCAGACAAGAGGCCCUGGUAAAGAUAAGCACAAUAGUUGCCCCUGUGAAGCUACAGGUAGAAGACGUUAGGUUUAACCCAGAUAGUCUAUUCAACUGUCCGCACGACCUUUCUCAUGGUGACCUUGAAGAGGACGCCAGCAUACAGUCUGAGCCUCUACUAGGUCAGAUUGGCAGUGCAGUGGAAUUUGUGGAUGAUGUGGCUCCAUCUAUUAGCAAUAAGAAACGGUCAUUGCCGAGGAAAGCUAAAAUAGGAGUCUUUGCUAAUGAAACUGGAUUAGUGGAAGAUGAGCUCAGAAUUGGAAGGAGGGAUAUACAUGAAGUAUUUGUUAGUCCAUACCAAAGAUUCAAAGCAACGCAGCCACUUAAACAAAAUGAAAAAGACGAAGAAAACAAAGCCGAGAAAGCUGGUAUGACACCAUUCGAGCAUAUACAAAAGAUGAAUCAGCAGUUUCGGACGCCUGUCACCUCCGAGAUCGAUGUGGAAAAAGAGAAAGCUAUUCAAUCGGAAGCGGAAGCAGCGAGAAAAAUCAAGGAGCAGAAGACGGAAGAUAUCGUUGAAAGUCACAUCAAAUCUCUGCGUGAGCAGAUGGCCUCUAAAAAGAAGAAACGGCCUGCGACUGACUUGCCGUUCCAGUCUGGUAGCGUGUCUCAAUCACCGAACGUGUCCACGCCAAAAGCGAAGCGCAGCAAGACGGACGAAGCUGGCCCUCAGACUGACACUCUUGCAUUUUCUCCCUAUGACUAUAGCAAGACUGACAUGUCUGUCUUCCGGAGUGGUGGGAGCAGUAAGAGUAGAUCAUAUGAUCCCUAUGCUGAAGGACACGAGAAGAAUCGUGGAAAGAUUUAA